GGCAACCCAUCUCACUUGCCAGAGUGAACACAAGGUGAAAGUUAUCGGCGGGAGAAUCAGGCUGCUUCCUUGACCAUCUCCGAUCGGAGAGCGCCUGCACUAAUCAAUUUGAUCGGCCCCCGAAUCGGGCAGCGCGCCGAAUUCACCUGCCGGAGACCCCAAACCUCAAAUCAGCAACAUGGCAACAGCAAAGCGCGACAGCGACAGCAGCUAUACCGCCACCAAUUCAACAACCACUCUCUCACUUUCCGACACCGAAAAACCACCGCCAUCCCCAUCAGAUAGGACCCCAUCGCCGUCCGCCUGCAACGAAAUCGUCCCCGCCGAAACCACCGCCGAUCACAUCCAACCCAUCCACAAUGCCACACCCACCACCACCCACCCCGACGCGACCUACUACUACCCCGAAAAGAACGACCUCGGCCCCGACCCCGAAGCAGCCAACCCCACAAACUUGAACCCCCUAACCCUCCACCCCUCGACAGCAACAGCCUCCACAACCCUCGACUUCCCCGAAGGCGGCCUCACAGCCUGGCUCGUCGUGCUCGGCUCCUUCAGCGCCAUGCUGUCCUUGUUCGGGCUGAUCAACUCGGCGGCCGUGUUCGAGUCGUACUUUGUGACGCACCAGCUGGCGCACAAGACAUCCUCUGAAAUCGGCUGGGUGUUUAGCCUGUAUUUGUUCAUUGUGUUUUUCGUCGGGAUCCAAGUAGGUCCUGUGUUUGAUCGGUUUGGGGCGAGGGUGCUUGUUGCGGUGGGCGGAGGGUUGAUUUUUGGGAGUUUGUUGUUGUUGAGUUGGUGUGAGGAGUAUUACCAGAUUAUCCUGACGUACUCAGUCAUGGGCGGGCUGGGCGGCGCGCUGCUCAACAGUCCGGCCUACGGCGCGAUCGCGCACUUCUUCAACGCCCGGAGGGGGCUGGCGACGGGGAUUGCCACGACAGCCGGCGGCGUCGGCGGCGUGGUGUUCCCCGUCCUGCUGCGCGCGCUGCUGCCCAGCGUGGGCUUCGCGUGGAGCUGCCGCAUCCUUGCCCUCAUCAUGCUUGGCCUGGCCAUUCCUUCGAACCUCUUUAUCAAGACGCGCCUUACGCCCGCCAAGGGCCGCGAUGGCCGGUCCAAGGUGCAGUCGGUCUGGCCUGAUUUCAGCGUGUUCAAGGACGCCCGGUUCGCGUUUGCUUCGAUCGGCAUCUUCUUCAUGGAGUGGGGGCUGUUUGUGCCGCUCACCUUCAUCGUCUCGUACGCCGCCGCCCACGGUCAAGAUGCGACCGAGAGUUACUUGCUUCUGUCGUACCUGAACGCCGGAUCGGUCGUGGGGCGUGUUCUCCCGGGUCUUCUCGCCGACCGGUUCGGGCGAUUCAACGUCAUCAUCGCCACCAUCGCCCUCUGCUUCGUCACGGUGCUGGCGCUGUGGCUGCCUGCGGGCACCUCCAAGGCGAUGCUGAUUACAUACGCGGUGCUUUUUGGAUUCGCGAGCGGGAGCAACCUGGGGCUGGUGCCCGUCUGCUUGGGGCAGCUGUGUGAUCAUCGCCGGUAUGGCCGGCUCUACUCGACCGCCAUGAUGGUGGCAAGCUUCGGCACCCUCAGCAGCGUUCCGAUCGGAGGCGCCAUUCUGGAUUCUGGGUCGGCAGAGGAGGGGUGGAAGAACUUGAUCAUAUUCGAUGGCGUGGCGUAUUUCGUUGCGCUUGUAUGCUACACGGCGGCUCGUGUGCUGGCCGUUGGCUGGAGUCCACGGAUCAUUUUUUAGGAUGUCAGGCUUGGGACAGGAGUUCAAAGUUCUGGCCCUGUGUCAAGCGAUGGCAAGGGCCAAUAGACGUAGAUUUGCCA